AUGGCUGCGCAAUACAUUAGACCAACUGUGGAUCAUUUGGUGGAGGCGGAGGUGGACUAUGAGUUACGUUUACGGAAACAAACAGUGGAUCGUAGAGAAAGUUUAGAGGACAAAAAAAGAUUACUUAGAAGAUUAUUUUUUGAAGAUAAGAAGCAUAGAAUCGUUUACGAAGGCUUAUACAAGUAUUCGGAUGAAAUUAGGAGUGUCGCUGGGACGGUGGAAGAGUUAGUAGAUAAUAUGAGGAAGAAAUUCGAUCGGAUGUUGUUAUCGAGACUGCGACACUAUUUAAUCCGCGUUGCUUCUGCCUCAAUAGAGGACGAAGAAGAGGCUUUGGUAAAGAAAGAAGCCUGUGAGCAGAUUGAAAAGGUAUUUAUCGAGUUAGGGCAGCCAGUUCGCGAAGAAAGUAAAGAAAAUAAGGAUAAUCUAGAAACAGAAAGAAAGGAUUCAGAUAAUAGUACAUGGAGAAAUCCAGAUCCAAACUCAGCGAUCAACGCAAGAGACAAAGCAGAAGGUGGGGAAAAUGCGAAAAAUAAUGGAGCGAAAGGAGAAGAAGAGAAUAAAGACCCAAAAUACCGUUCAAUUGAUCCGGGUGUGUUUAGCAAGACACCCCGGAGAUCGAAAUGUUCGUUAGAGAAUUGCAAAUGCGGAAAUUGUGAAGGUACAGGGGCGUUGAAGAAGUUUUCCAAAGGCGUCGGUGAUCAGAAGCAUACUUUUAAAGAUCAAGAAAGUAACAGAGAGGAUAGAGAGGAAAAGUAUGGAAGAGAAAGUAAAAAUUACGGUGAUUAUCCAGGUCAGAAGGACGGGAAUAAAAGUCGGUUGAGAAACAACAAUUUUGAAGAGGAAGAGAAUGAAAUGAAAUACAACUAUGAAAGGGACGAAGUGGAGAAGAAAGCGUUAGCAGAGAGAAGAAGAUUCGAAGAUAGUACGAGAAUACACAACGAGAUACAUCGCGAUAGAGUAUUGAGUCCGUUGGAUAACAAUAGAUUCGAUAGGGUUAAGAAAGAGACGAAGAAUAUGGAAACUUUCGCGUUUGACUCCAGACAGUGGCGUUCAGAUUACCCACAGGUUAAUAGAAGUGACAGGCAUGUCAAAGACAGAAUACCUGGGAGGAAGCGAGAAUCGCGUUACGAAAGGGUCAACUCAUUUGACGAGAUGAGUUCAGGAGAAGAGAUUAGGAGAAGACACAUCGGAAAUAAAGAGAGAAGCCAAGGGAAGCGUUAUGAAAGUCAGAGAAGCAGAAAAGAUCAUGGUGAAAAUCGUAGAGGAGAUACAUAA